AUGUCGAAAAAUAAGCCGGAAGAAAAUGCGGGCAUCGCAAAAUUCAACAAGUUUGAGUGUCUCUGGAACCCCAAGGGAGCCUCUGACCCAAAGUUGUACGACAGCUAUGCCUAUUUGGACUUGAGGCUGGACCAGUUCUUGUCCAGCAUUGCCCAGGACUUGACCUUUUUACCAAAUGCGAUAUACAGGCCGGCAGUCUACGUUUACAUUAAUGGAAAGAUGGUCUACAGAAGCAAGAUUUUGGACCACGCCAAUGACAUUUUUGGAGAGUCUAUACGUCUCAAAAUUUACUCGCCAAAUACGGUGGUUACACUAAAGCUCUUUGAAUGCGAAGAGUUUGAUAUUAAUAGCAGUAAAAACCCGCGUGUAAGGCAGGUCUUGUACUAUGAAAGUACGAAUAGAGUGCUGGUCUCAUGGGUAGAUUUGCACAUUGGUCUGCUCAUUCCAGAGCGAGAGUAUGACGUCAUAUGCACAUUUCGGUCAAACCCCGCGUUUUAUGCGUAUAACCCUGGUGGACUGCUCUAUUACCCAUCUGAAAGUGGAAUACCAGUCAUACACACGCAAAAAGUGUGCUGCUCGUGCAAAGUUUGCUCUCUGUUAUCAAACAGAUCUGUAGGCGGAUCCAUUGAGAGUCUAAACAAGUAUUUUGACUCCACUUAUGUGAAUGGAAAAGUCAAAACUGAAAAGGAUGCCAACAUAAAAUUCCCGUCAAAGGCCAAUUUGCAAAAGUUUAAUAUCGAGGGUGAAGAACCGCCCAAGGAUGAAAAAGUGACUGAUAAGAAAAAAAAGGGAGAUUUGGACAUUUUGGAAGUUAUAGACAUGUCCGAGAACCCCUCUGGAAAUGCAAGUUCUUCUUGUACAUGUACGGAGCUAGAAAAGGUGCCAAGUGCGAUCAAGAGCUCAAAAUAUGACCUUUGCUUAAAGUGUCAUGAUUAUGAACACUGCUGUGAGCAUUCUCUGGAAAACUAUUAUGUCUCUGUCAACUUUAAGCUCACAUCCUCAUCGGAACCAAUUGAUGCAUUUACUGAAAUAUUCUCUUCAAUACUAACACCGUAUCUCAAAGUUGAGGAUGAAAAUGAAGAAAAAGUUUCAGUGGUUUCAAUUUUUGAACACUUUUAUCAGCAUUAUCGCUCGUUGCAGACCAUUUACAAGCAUGUGUGUUAUAACCCUCGGGUGAGAUAUUUUGAGCUUGUAAAAUUUGCCGCUUUGUUACUUCUCAUUAGUCUUGUGGUAAAUCGGCUCUUUUUCCCCAUUGCAUUUCUACUGGUAUCCUCUGUUGCAUUUUCAGUCAAGACAACAUCUAGUAAACAAUUUGAAAAGGACCGCGGCGAUGCCUUGUAUCUGAGCAGGGGUUUGACCUUGCUGGAUGACGGACUUGAACGUGCAAUGAGGACCAUCAUGGAUGAGGAAAUUGCAAAAACACGGGAAAACAGUCUAUCAAAGGAGCAAGUUGAGCGUAACAAUCUAAACAUUGUAAACCAUGAUCUUGUAGACAAGACGCCAAUUUAUACAAAAAUGUACAAGAGCUACCAGCGAUGUGAAAACAUUGCACUAAAGACAGUGGCAUUUUUGUUUUCCAGGUCUAUACCCUCAGGGGUCAGGGGGUUUCUGCUAUCAACAUUGGGGAUACUGGACGUUGUUGUCGUGGCUAUAAAUGACUUUCUUGCAAUUUGUAGACGAUUUGGGAUUCACAUUGGCGUUAUUUGUAUCUUUUUGGGCCUUGCAUCUGUAAGGUUUUAUCGUAUGUACAUUUAUUUUUCCAAACUCUUUGUGCUUGCUACGCUCUUGUGCCUAGUAGGGGAUUCACUGGCGUUUAUUUCACAGUUUAAACGAGUGGCAAAAUGCUCUCUAUCGUAUCUAGUGUUGACCACUUAUAGAAAGGAGUGGUUUUUAAAUCGUUGA